UUUGCUAGAUUCAAGCCAUGGUGGAUCUUAUGGAAAAGAUGAAAGGAUGACACCACUUGAUCAACAUGAUCAGAUUUUUGGUAGACUUCAGUUUCCUGUCACAACAGAUACUGAGGCUUGGUCAGAGAAAAUAAAAAGGCUUCAUUUACUGUUAACUGUCAAGGAGUCUGCUAUGGAUGUACCAUCCAACUUGGAUGCUAGGAGGCGUAUAUCUUUCUUCUCCAAUUCUUUAUUUAUGGAUAUGCCACCUCCUCCAAAAGUUCGCAAUAUGCUGUCCUUCUCGAACUGAUGAUGACCUUCCACCAACACAUCAAAAUAGAAUUCCCAGAGGGGCACGUCUUACUGGGAAUGGAAGAUCUGCUGUAGGUUCAAUUUCAUACCCCAGGAUGUAUGGUGAAAUUGAUAUGGAAACUCAAAUUCACCAACUUGAGCAGGAAGCUUACAGUUCAGUUCUGCGAGCCUUUAAGGCUCAAGCUGAUGCCAUUACUUGGGAGAAGGAAAUUUUGAUUACAGACCUAAGAAAAGAAUUAAGAUUAUCAAAUGAAGAACACAGGGAACUUCUAGGCCGUGUUAAUGCUGAUGAUGUCAUACAUAGAAUAAGGGAGUGGAGACAGACAGGAGGCCAUCAGCCUGGUGUGCUGAGUACUGGACAGGCUAUUCAUGAUUCAAUUCCGAGUCCCACAGUCUCUGCAUCCCGUAAGAAGCCGAAGAUAACACCCUCUGUACCAUCACAAUCUUUUGGUGGGCCUUCUCCUCCAUUUCACUCGCAACCCUCUGCUGCAUCCCCCCAGCCAUCUUCUGUUGCAAAACGUGGAUCUGUCCCUGGAUCUAAGGGAAAGAAGCAAAAACCUGGCCAAGUCUUGACAGGUGUAUCUUCAAAAAAACAAUAUCCUUUAUUAGGAUCAGGUGGAAGGAAUCAAGUGCCAGAUAGAGUUACUUCUGGUACUGUUAUGGCUGAGCUUGCCGAGGGAGUUGCAUCAUUUGAUUCAGUGAUCGGUAGGAGAGUACGAACAAGAUGGCCUGAUGACAAUAACUUCUAUGAAGCUGUUAUCUCUGACUACAAUCCAAUUGAUGGUCGACACAAUCUGGUCUAUGACAUGGGGAGGGCAAAUGAAACAUGGGAAUGGGUUAAUCUGUCCGAGAUCUCUCCUGAAGAUUUUCAGUGGGUAGGUGAGGAUCCCGGUAUCAAUAAUCAUGGGGGUUUUGGUGCAUCUGGUCGUGGGAUGAAUGGGUCUACAGGACGUGAUAGUGUUCCAGGAGCUGGAAGGGGUAGAGGAGCCACGAAGGGCCAAUCCAGAAAAAACUUUUUGCCAUCACAGAAUGGAAUAGGAAAGAAGGCCCCAGAUGAUAUACAAAUACUUCACACUGAGACACUGGUCAAAGAGGUGGAAAGGGUAUUCAGUGCAAAUCAUCCUGAUGCACUUGAAAUUGAGAAAGCCAAGAAAGUAUUGAAGGAUCAUGAGCAGUCUCUUAUUGAUGCACUUGAAAGAAUUGCAGAUCUUUCUGAUGGUGAAAGUGGUACUUCUCAAUAUUCAUACCAGAUUGCAGUACUAUCUGACAUUUCUUUCGUCUAAAAUAUUAGAAUAUUGUGGACGUUAUUUACGUGCUGAGUAUAGGAAUUUGCAUCGGUUCAGUUCUAGAUUUUUGUAUAUGCGAUUUGAAUUGAAUUACAUGUUAUAGGAAUUUCGGUGUCUAUAAGGAAUUUUGUUCAGCACUAGAUUAGUUUGGUCGAUUUGUAAAGUUCACUUCUGAAAGCUAGCAUUUCACCAUAUGCCUGGUAAUCUGCAAAUUUGAGUGUAAAUAGGAGAGAAGUACAAUGUUUUGGGAUGAAAGGAUUUGAUCCACUGAUUAUUAGUGUUGCAUGUGUGAAGUUGUUUCGAUUC